AGCGGUUCGGGGAUGAGGGCGGUGUUAGGAAAAGCGGGACUGAUGGCUAGAAUACGUUUGCUUGGGUAAGAGGUGUACUUUGAACUCCCAGCCUAUCCAGUCCCUAUAUGGCGCUAACAGGACAAUAACUGUGACAACACGAGCGGUAUUGGGGCAAGAAGAUGCAGGAAACCCGCUCUUCCUUUACGAAGUCUGCAGCUCAUUAACAGUGGACAUCUGUACUGAAGUUACCUCAAGUUCAUAAACAUGAGGGGAGCGGAGUGCCUGCUGUGACAAGAACUUUGUUCUUCCCAGGAGGAUGCAGCAACCUCCUUGGUGCCUCUGGACUUUGGAGAUGCAAGAGAUUUUGUAAGAGCGCCAGUCAGAACGGCCCCAGGAAGAUUGGGAGGUUGUGGGAUUGGUGCUGUUUGCUAACAAUCUGUAGUUGCCACGCAGGAGUCUGCUGUGGUUCUUUCGAAACAGGUGAACCUGCUGCUUAAAGUAUGGUAGAGAAGCAGCGUUGCCCUCUGCAGAGGGACGGAGUGUACCGCUGGUUUUCAGAGCUGACCUCUUCACAAAGAAUUGAGUUCCUUUGUGGCCUCCUAGACCUGUGUAUACCCCUAGAGCUCCGUUUUUUGGGCUCCUGUCUUGAGGACUUGGCUCGAAAGGAUUAUCAUGCUUUGAGGGACUCCGACAUAAGAGCCAAUAAUCCUGCUGAUCUGGGAAGUCUGACCAACCUAACGGAUGAAGUGGUCCGUAGUAAGCUCCUGGUGUCCCUGGCUCUUCUAGCUUCUGAUAACAGGGAGGCUGCUGGUGUUUUAUGUCGCACUCUAACUCACAUUGACUCAAUCAUUGACAACUAUGGUCUGCAGCUCAAUGAUGGGAGGACAGGGGAUGCAUUUUUGUUGCUCUUUACUAUGGCCUCAAACCACCCUGCAUUUAGCUUUCAUCAGAAGCAGGUGCUAAGGAAGGAGUUGGCCCACAUACUGGCACGGCAAAGUGCUACUAGUAUUGGCCAUACUACAACUCCUAAUGUCCUGACAGCAACUGCCACCACUACCACUGUUACCAGCAGUAAGGUAUCCUCUGGCUGCUCCAAGAGCACACUAAGAACAGAUGCACCUUUAACCAGCAUUGGUAACAGUUUAGCAAAUGCACUUAACACAUCAGCACAUUCCAUAGAAGAAUCAUUAUCUAAACGACCGUCGGGGAAACACUCCAAAGUGAAUGUUGAAAAAAUUGAAGUAAAAGCAUUUCCACAUAAGAAGAAAGAGAAAAAUACAGACUAUUGUUUUGAGGUUUUUUGGUCUGAUUCUUCUGUAACUUUAGUAACAAAGUCUUCUACAGAUGUCCUUGAUCUUAUUUCCAAGCUAUCACAUCUGUUCCCAGAAGAAAACUUGGAGAAAUGCAUUCCUUACCGUGUUGGCGUGGAUUCUUACUCCUUGGAAAGAAACCACAUGGAUCUGGAGUUAGAUCUUCGAUAUCUUCUAUCUUUGCCUCAGCAAGUUCUAAAAAGUGAUCUGGUCAGGAAAUUCUUUGGUCCUGUUUCCAGCCAUCAAAACUUGUAUCCCAGCAACCCAUCUCACAUAAAAACGUGUACCCCCGUGGCUACACCUAUACGACCAAUAUGUGGUGUUGCCAGCAUCCAAUCGUCACAGAGCAGCAUUUCUUCACACCACAGUGGGGCAACUGUAACGCUUUCUCCAUGUUCACACACAGGGAGUUCUAGCUCCUCUUCACUAGCGUAUCGGCCCCCGAUGGAAACUUCUCCCUCUGUUAUGGUAGCUUCUACUGUGCCAAGUCCCCAAACACAAGAACAGCAGGAGAUAUUGGAAUGGCUCAGAAAGCUGCGCCUGCACAAAUAUUAUACUGUGUUCAGUCAGUUAUCCAUGAAAAAGUUUUUGAGUCUCACGGAGGAAGAUUUAAAUAAAUUCGAGUCUCUAACAAUGGGAGCAAAAAAGAAGUUAAAGACCCAACUGGAGUUGGAGAAGGAGAAGUCUGAAAAACGGUGUCUGAACCCAUCCCAGUGUACUUCCUAUAGCAGUAGUGGCAUUGCUAGGGUUCCACCUACUAGCCAUGUGGGCCCUGUUACAAAUGUUCACUGUAAUCACUCUACAGAAUUGUCUGUAGAUGUGGAGGUCCCAACUCACCAGAUGCCUCAAGAGGGCAGUUCUUCUUCUGAGUAUUCAAGUUCUCCAUCAAGUCCAAUGGGUUUGCAGACACGCGACGAGUGCUCAGACAGCGCAGAGGAGAUGGAUAGACGGCUUGGGAGACAUUUAGAUUGUGCUGAAAAAGAGAAGUCUGUUUUAUUAGUGAAUCACUUUACUUCAAGUUCUGUUCGCCCAACAGCUCAAGUUUUACCAGUUCAGAAUGAUGCUGGCUCUAACAUUUCCAAUCAUCACCCCUCGCAAAUUCAAAUCUUUACAGGAAUGACUUCUCAUAUCUCUCCAGUCCACCUUAUAAAUACAAGAGGAUCUGCAGACUUAAAAUUGUUUCCGUCUUCUGCACACUCCCUUUUCUCUUCGGAAGAAAGAAAUAAGGCUUCAUACGGGCCCAGGAGCAGCAUUAAACUAGCCAACAUGAUUUUAGAUGUCAAGCCCUCUUCAACUCCACUGCAAACAGGUCCAGUCAUUUCCAUAAUGACUGAUAGCAGUUCAAUACACAACAGUGUUAAUUUCGGUGUUCGAGCCAAAGUAGGAAGCUCUGUACUGGGUGAAAGAGUAGUUAAGCCAACACAGCAACCGGCAUUAAUGGUGGAGACCAGUACUCCUGCCACUAUUGCAUCUACUCCAGUCUUCCACGUGGCAAGGCCGCCAGUCAAACUUCUUGUAUCCACUUCUGAUUCUUCCUUGGUUGGACAAACAACUUGUUCUAGUGUCCCUCCUGCAAUAAUAAACCGAAGAAAUGUACUUUAUACAGCCAAUACCAAAGUUGCUUUUUCAGCCAUGAGUGGCAUUCCUGUAGCCCAGAUGUCUGGCAACUUCUGUUCAAAUAGCACUGCCACUACAAGCAACAAUUCCCCUGCAUCAUUAUCUAAUAUUACUAGCCCUGCAACUAGUUCAAGCCCUGCUCUUUCUUCAGCAUCUGAAAACAGUUGCUAUAGCAGUAGUGGGAACACGCCUACAGUGAACAUUCAGAUUGGAAAUCAGACUCCCAGCCAUCACCAUGUUCAUCACCAGCAGCAACAAUCCCAGCAACAAGCAGGAUGCACAGUAUGUAGUUCCUGUGGCUGCAGUGGAAACUGUGGUACUGGUAGUAUGACUGUAAACUAUGGCAGCUACUUUCAACAUCCUUUUCCAGGCUCUUCCAUGUUUCCAUUCCCUCUUCUUCCUUUCAGCCCAAUGUGCAAUAAUGGCUAUGUAAACACCCAGCAAUACAACACUACAUUUCCUGUAGUCCAUACUCCAUACAAUAGCAGCCUGAACCCUGAUUCCGUACUAAGUGGGCAGCCCAGUUUCUCCAUGCCCCCAGUGCAGAACUUUAUGCCAGGCACAGCAGGGUUGUAUCAGCCUCAGGGAAUGAUGGCAUCUGCAAAUGGCACAGUUCACAAAAAAAACGGUAACCUUUCAUGUUACAACUGUGGAGCCAGUGGCCACCGAGCUCAGGAUUGUAAACAACCAUCUAUGGACUUUAAUCAGCAAGGAACGUUCCGUCUUAAAUAUGCUCCUCCAGCUGAUGGGUUGGACUCUGCUGAUUAAAUCACAAGCCUGGAAUUGUAGAAGAUGUGGCAAGUCAUCCUGCCUAGCAUCAGUGAUGCGCAUCACAUCUAAAGGUGCUUUACUUUAACCUAGACUGGAGUGAGAUAUCUUCAGGGACUCUUUAUUUAGAAAAUUGCAAAUUCUGCUUUAGGAGAUUUUUAUUUUUAAUGGCGGUGACAUAUCUGGCCAUAUUAGGCCUCGGUUUUUAUAGAAUUUGGGAUAAAGAAGAUUUUACUGGUGAAGUUUGACAUAUUUUUUUUUCUUGAAGAAAUUUGAACAUUUUUAGGGCAGCUAUAAUGAUUAAUGUAAAGUCUGAAAUCGCCUCUACGAGACAAGAUAAUUCUGAGGUGUUGAACGCAUAUUUUGUACACACACACAUAUAUAUCUAUAUAUGUAUGUACACAUAUAUAUAAACUAACUUGUCAGGAAGUAAUCACUGGGAUUCUUGCGGAUUGCACUAGGGAAGAAUGUAUCAUUUUUCUUGAAACUUCCAAAUGUUCCUGGGAUAAAAGAGGGAGCUUUGCAAAAUUUCAGAAGAUGCUGGAUCUCUCAGAACUUUACCUAACGAGUAUUAAAAGACUCACGUGGCCUAAAGAACAAUUUCAAAGCCUGAGAAUUUGAAAGUUCUAUACUAUUCUCCAGUGAUACUUUUAGUACUUUGUCUUUGACAAGAUUUGCACUUUAUUGUUGAAAUGUUUCAGCAGACAUGGGUUCCAAGUUAGAAAAGCAAAGAAUACUUAUGUAUAAUAUAUAUAUGAAGGAAUAUCUAGGGAAGAAUACUAAAAAAAAGUCCUUUGCUUCAUACCAGAAGCAUCACAAUUUUUUUAACCUUUUCCCAUGCAUGAAAAGGGUGAACAUCCAACUAAGGGCUUUAGGUUUUAUUAAAAAGUUACCAUUAGACUCCAACAAAACACUAAACAGAAACAACUACUCCUUGUCAGUGGAGAUGUCCUACUUCUUGAAUGAUCUUAUCUGAAGGAUUGUGUCCUAAAUGUUUUUCUAUCUCCAGGUAUCUUCUCUGGUAAACAACAUCCUUGGGUGGGGCGAAAGACAAUGUUAGCACUUGAUUUUUAAGGGCAGAGACACACACUCAGAUUCGGGGAGGUUAGCCGCCCAGCAACAAAUCAUCUUUUCUUCGGGGCGACU